UAUCAUCACACAGAGAUGAAUUGCCUUAUAAUAUCAUCUAAAAUAACUGCUGUCACAGCCAGAAGAUGCUCUCCUUUUAUUUACUGCUGACAUUCACUUUAGGGCGAUGCACAGAUGAUGUGAUCUUUGACAUGAAGACUGUUGGUGUUGGAGAUGAUGUGACUCUGACCUGUACCCGCCAAGAAUCAAAGGAUGCAGCAGCCUUGUUUUGGAUCAGGCUUGUUUCUGGAAACUUACCUGAACUCUUGGGAGGAACAUUUGCAUUUGAUUAUGAGGAUGUUAAUGAGGCUCCUCGUAUCACAGCAAAACAAGGGCCUGGAACGUUUCUUCUCCAUAUUAAAGAAACCAAGAGAAGUGAUACUGGAGUUUACUACUGUGUAAAAGUACACCAAGUUGACAUGAAAUUUUUGAAUGGAACAUUUCUGAGAAUUAAAGGAUCAGAACCUGAUAUCACUGCUGUCAUUCAGGAGCCUCCAUCUGAUUCAGUCCAUCCAGGAGACUCAGUGACCCUGCAGUGUUCAGUCCUCUCUGACCCUGAAGACAAAACAUGUCCAGGAGGUCCCAGUGUGUUCUGGUUCAAAGCUGGAUCAGAUGAAUCUCAUCCCAGUGUCAUUUACACUCAUGGAGACUCUGGUGAUGGAUGUGACAAGAGUCCUGAGGCUCACGCUCCACAGAAAUGUGUCUACAGCUUCUCUAAGAACGUCAGCUCCUCUGAUGAUGGGACUUAUUACUGUGCUGUGGCCACAUGUGGGGAGAUAUUAUUUGGAAAUGGAACAAAACUGGACACUGAAGCCCCUAACACGCAGGAGGCCAAUACAGUUCUGCUUCUGUUAUGUGCUGCUUUGGCUCUAAGUCUGAUUGUUAUAACCUGCCUGAUUUAUACCAUCAAGAAAACAUCUUGUGGUUGUUGCAAAGCUCAAAUAGCCAGUGGUGACCAGCAAAGUCAGCAGAGAGACGAGAACUCAUUGGUUUAUUCUGCACCAACCGUCACCAAGAGCAAAGCUGCCAAAUCAGGGAAAAGGAAUGUAAAAACAACUGAAGGAGGGAUAAUCUACUCUGAUGUCAGGACUUUUGUAUCUGCCAGUUAAAGCUAAGAUAUUUUUGUCUUUUGCGAAGCAGCUUCUUUCUGAUGAGAUGAACAAAGAACCACUUUUCAUCUGCCAUUGGUAACUAUAUUUAAUUUGGAAAAACUUAAGAAUGUUAUCAUUUUGACAUCAUAUUUUGUCCAGUCUGAAAUUGUAUAAAACAAUAAGAAUAUCCAGAUUUGAUCAUUUUCAGCUUUUGGUGACAUCAGUUUUGUGCAUCUACAUCUUGAUUUAUUUUUGUGCAUUUUCUCUUAUUAAAGUCACUGAAGAGUUUUAUCAGGCCACCACUCAAACAGGCUUUUUCAAUGAUUAAUCUUAAAGACGACGAGGGUUGAGGAAGGUUUUUAAUCUGUUUUUCUUUUAUCUGCUGCUCAGUUUUAAGUCUGUUAGCAUCUCUCAUGUAUCAACAACAUGUAAAAAUAAUUGCAGCAAAUAAAGCUGAUGUUGGUGUA